UAAUUGAGAAGAAAAAAGCACAUUUGCGCUGUAGAGAAUGGAGAGUAGAGGUGAAGCUAUGAGAGUCUGAGAGGGUCAUCCCUACCUCAGACCAUGUGGAGUGUAUCUAUGAGCCCGUCCGUGUUGCAGGUGAUACAGGGGAUGUGUGUGUCCGUGCGUCCAGCAGCGUGUGUGAGGAUACAGAGGGGGAUGUGUGUGUGUCCGGCGGGGACAGUGGCAGGGCGCGGUGUGGAGGGGGUAACCCCUGCCAGAGGGGGUCCUGCAGGUGGAGGUAGAGGGCUGAGGCGGUUUGAGGAGAUCCCCCACACGGGCAGCAGUGGCUGGCUCAACCUGGUGAAGUUCUGGAGAGAAGACAGAUUUAAACUAUUACACAAACACAUGGAGAGGACCUUCAACACCCUCGGCCCCAUUUACAGGGAGCGUCUGGGCACCCAGAGCACUGUGAAUAUCCUGCUGCCGUCUGACAUCAGUGAGCUGUUCCGCUCUGAGGGCCUUCACCCCCGACGCAUGACCCUGCAGCCAUGGGCCACACACAGAGAGACACGACAGCACAGCAAGGGAGUCUUCCUCAAGAACGGGGCAGAGUGGCGUGCCGACCGUCUCCUGCUCAACAGGGAGGUGAUGAUGGCUCCUGCUGUACGUCGCUUCCUGCCCCUCCUAGACGAAGUAGCGAGGGAAUUCUGUCGUCAGCUAGCGACCCGGGUGGAGAAAGAGGGAGGAGAGGAGGAGAGGGGGCACAGUCUGACUAUCGACCCCAGCCCUGACCUCUUCCGCUUCGCCCUGGAAGGUUGUCUUCUUUCACAUUUUCAUUUUGUGUGUUAGUGUGGAUGUGUUAGUGUGGAUGUGUUGGUAUGGAUGUGUUAGUGU